ACUGUACAGCCAUACAGUUGAAUUAUUAUAAAAUAUAGUACACGGAUUUCAUUAUUAAAUCCCAUAAUUUUCAUGCGGACAAUAAUUCAUCUUGCUCUUGGUACAACGUUUAUUUUCUUGAUUCAAAAUUAAAAUUUCCCAGAAAAUUUCUAUCAGUGGCAACGAUGAACACUGAAUCAGUGACAGAAUUUUUAGGAGAAGUUCCUCUGCUUCAACGAUUACCCAGUUCAUCUCUCAAGAAAAUUGCUGAGUUUGUUAAAGUCAAGCAUUUUGACAGUGGAGAGUAUGUUAUUCGUAGGGGAGAAAGUGGAGAUGGCGUGUAUUUUAUUUGGGAAGGGGAGGCUGAAGUUUGUGGACAUUCAGAUGAAGAAGUUGGUUCAGAGUUCCUGCUAAAACGCUAUGACUAUUUUGGCAAUGGUGCCCCAACAUCUGAGCAACCUGCAGAUGUGAUUGCAUCAUCCAAGUUGACCUGCUUAGUGCUGCCCUCUGACCACUGUGAUUUGCUGUUUCCAAAAUCAAUUUGGAAUGCUGAUGAAAGACAAGAGGCCUGUGCACCUGUAGAGAGCAUAUUAUAUUUGGAUCCCAUUGAGGUAAACCUAUUUCAAGGGAUCACCUUGCCCGAUGCGCCAAAAUUUGGAAAGGUUUUUGGAGGACAAUUUAUGGGCCAGGCACUGGCUGCAGCUUCAAAAACUGUUGAUUGUCUAAAAAUUGUCCAUCAUAUGCAGGCUUAUUUCCUUCUUGUUGGAGACUAUGAUAUUCCAAUCAUAUAUCAAGUUCACCGCCUCCGUGAUGGGAAAAGCUUCUCCACCAGAAGAGUUGACGCGAUACAAAAAGGAACUGUUGUUUUCACAUUGCUUGCGUCAUUUCAAAAAGAAGACCAUGGGUUUGAACACCAGGAAUCAAUUAUGCCGUUGGUGCCAGCUCCAUAUACGCUACUAUCAAUGGAGGAGCUGCGUGAACGACGCAUUAUCGAUCCUCGACUUCCCAGGACCUACCGCAACAAAGUGGCCACGACAAAGUUUGAUCCUUGGCCCAUAGAGCUACGAUUUUGUGAUCCAAAUACUUCCACUAACCAGACGAAAAGCCCUGCAGAAUUACGGUAUUGGUUCAGAGCGAAAGGAAAUUUAUCGGAGGACCAGGCUUUGCAUAGAUGUGUUGUGGCAUAUGCUUCCGACCUGUUGUUCAUUGAAGUAAGUUCCAACCCUCACCGUAAGAGGGGCCUGAAAAUCAGUGUUUUAAGCUUGAAUCAUACGAUGUGGUUUCAUAGGCCCGUAAAAGCUGACGAUUGGUUGUUAUUUGUGAUGGAGAGUCCAUCCGCCCAUUCUGGACGUGGCUUAGUUGCAGGUCGUAUGUACAAUAGGAGUGGAGAGCUCAUUGUAUCACUGGUUCAAGAAGGUUUACUCAGGGAGGUCAGAAGACCAGGUACGCAGAUCAGAGCAAAAUACUGAAAUUCGCAGCCAGAGAUCUCGCUAUACCGUAUACGUCCUUGCCUGCAACAUUAUCUUGUUGUGAAGUAUAAGAAUGUAAAGAACAGAAGGUCACAACCAUUGGAUUAUUAUUGCUAUUGCUAUUUUUGGUGUUUCAAAUCACACUCUCUUCUCCAAUUUUCUGUAUUCUUCAUUGGUUUGUAUAAUAGCAAAAUAAUUGUGUCAUUGUACAAAGAUAUAUUUCAGCUGUAAGCCUGGAACCAAGAUGACUUCAAUGAUGUCCAUUGUCCAAAAUAAGUUGUCACAUUUUCUGUAAUACUCCUACUACUUCAUUAAGAGAAGAAAAGUAAACUUGCCGAAGCUAAUUUUUAGAGCUA